AUGUUGCGGCAGAGCGAGACGCUCGAGACUCGCAGAAUGACCACAGUGAUUAGUCUACCAAACGGUGUAGACGACAAGACAGUCAUACACGAGGAAGAGAGUGGUAUUGCUGCACACAUUGAUGAGACACCUCAGGGCCUCAAAGUGUUCGUCCCCAGCAAAAUUUCCGAUCGGGAAUGGUGCUUCCUUAACGACCAUGCUGAGGAAACCUGGGACAGCCCGGGGGCCAGUUAUCUUGCCACGCCUCCCAUCCCCCUUUCUGACCAUGCGGUUGACUCCGAGACGAGACUGACUGCGGUCCAUACUCCAGAAAAGUAUGUCAACAACUGCCGGCACGCCUACGUACGAGACCGAUUCGGAAGCGAUCCGCGCAACCAGGUCCCCGACUGCCCGUGCUCAUCGACAGUCCACUGCCGGGGCGACUGCUGCAGCCCAUACAUCAAGACAGGUGUUGUCGCCCGUAAAUGUACCUGUGCAGCUGUCCAUACGGACGCGGCUUCGGGAUUCGACGCAGACAGACUAUCGUCGCAUGCUGGAGAGCGCAAAAACAACAAGAUUGGGUUCGCGGGCGAACUGUUGCAGCACACCCGGACAGAGUUGCCCAAGUUUACGGUUGACAACUGGAGGAGCAGUAUCCGACACUGCGCUCAAGUUCAUUCCGAACACGAGAGCCCUGAAUUGUGGAAUGGGCCUGGGACCGUAGGCAUUGUGUAUGACGAUACUUCGGCCGCAUUCAUCACCGAGUUGCUGGCCGAGAAAGGACAUCUUUCCGAGUUUAACGUCGACCGCCUGCGCCACGCCUAA